AUGCCAAGCCCCGCUUUAGGACACGGGGAGCUGGGGGCCGGGGUGCCUCAGCUCCCUGCCCUUGGAGAGACAGCUGGCACCAGCCGCAUCCUCUGCGCUGCUGAGCGGGGCACAGACCCGAGAGAAGCCCGGCCAGCAGCCGCUGCCCCGGAGCUCGGAGCCGGGAAAACCUCUCCGUGCGGGCAGCGGGGCAUCAGGGCGCCGCUCGCAGAUAUAGGUCCGGGCUGGAGGGAACGUCCCCGGCUGGGAGGAGCCAGCGGCUCCGCCGCUGUAAACAGUGCGGGCACCGCCAGCGGUGCCCGCAGCCCGGGCCGGCAGCUCCAGAGGCUGCGGCAGAGCCCACGGUCGGCGCUGUCGGGACAGGGAGAAAAGGAAAAGAAAAAAAAAAAAAAAAAAAAACCAAAAAACAAAAAGCCCCAGCGAAACCAUCCAACCAUCCAGAGCAAAUGUGCCUUUUGCCGUCUCCGUGCAAAGUCCCGCACGUGUUGCGGGCGGCAGCGGCCCCGGGCGCAGGUAGCGGCUGCGGGCCAGCCCCGGACCGGGCGGGGAGCCCGAGGAGCCGCGGCUCCUCCUGCCCUCUCCCCGGACCCGCUGACGGUGCCGGUGCCGCCGCGGGACCCGUCCCGGAGCAGCGAUCGCAGCAGCGCCAGGUCGGUACCGCUCCCUCCGCUCCCCCUCGCCCCCAGACCCCGCCGCCGCUGCCGCCGCUCCUUUCUUGCAGGGCUCUGCCCGGACGCCGCCCGCAGCUCGCCCCGUGGCGACCCGGCUCCGAGAGCCGCCGGGCUGGGCUGUGAGCCGGCCCUGCGCCCCGAGGGCUCCGCCGCCUUCCCUCGUCAUCCGCCGGAGCCCCGAGUGCUGCGGGAUGUCCCGGCCGUGCUGCCGGCACCUCCCGGCACCUGGUUCUCACCGACCGCCCCACCGGCCGCCCGUCACCCGGCGCGCCCUCCGCAUCCUCAUCCACGACGGCGGGGAGCGGCACAUGGGCUCGGAGCUGCCCCUGCCUCUCUGUACGGGCAAGCUGCUGUGGAAGGCUUCGCGCAGAAGUUCGUGGGCGUGGGUCACGGCGGCAUCCCGGAGCUGCACGGCCGUUCCUGGACCCUCCCGGGCAGGCGCUGCAUCCCUGCGGCUCCGCCACGGCCCCGGCUGCUCCGAGAGGCGCUGGGGCAGCCCGGGCUCAACCUGCGCGUCCUGGACGGCGGCACGGCGCGGCUGCUUCCACACCCACCUGCGGCCGGCGCAGCGCUUUCCUGGCCUGGGGCACUCGGCCGCCCGCAGCCUCACCCCGCAGACGCGGCUGCUGCUGCGGGACCGCCGGGGCACAGCUCCAUCCUCCUGCGCUACAGGCGUGCCUCAUAAUGGAUUUAAAGUGGAAGUGUCCAAAGGAAUAAUUUUUCAUCUGGUGGAUGAAGUCACAAGUUGGUUACCUGGUGACCUGGUAUCAUUUCUGCCAGUACAGGUUAUUCUAUGCAUCAGCCUGAAGAGUUUAAUCUCCUUCCUUGUCUGAGGAAAAAUGAUCAAGUGAAAACUGAUGGCAGCCCAGUUUGUCUUCACACUGGAGAAGUCAUAGAUGGUGUUGAUAUGAGAACUGAGGUUGAAGAAAUAUACUUAUUCAAGGAGAAAUGGAAGUCUCCUGUUAUGGAUGAUAUCAAUGCCAGUUUUUCUCUUUUGAUACAUUUUGGAGGGCACAUUCAAGCUGGUUUGUUUAUUGGAAAAGGAGUAAAGAGAACAAGAGCCAAUGCUGAGGAUCCCAGGGAGCAUCUCACUGUUGAUAAUGCCAGGUUUUGCCCACAUUAAGAUGCUGAUCCUGAAAAGCCAUGAGUUCCUGCCAUGAUCGAUGGUCUUAUUGCUCUUAAAAAUAAUGGCCAUGGGGCCUGGGCCAGAGGUGGUGACAUUAUUUUCCACAACUGAAGUGAUGGGACUUUCCUGACAGAUGAUGGCUCCAGCCUGGAGGCUCCACACUCCAGUUUAUGUGGAGAAACCAGCAACUCUGGCUCCCAGGGAGGCCAAACAGCUACUGGGGAAAAGGGGCAAAAGGAGAACACAGAACACUGCCCAGAAACAAGACAUUCCCUGUCCAUGGAUUCCAGAUUUAUGAUGGGUCUGUCAGGAUGGCAAGAUGCACUUUCAGGAAGUUCACCCCCAGUGUUGACAGAUACUCAAGAGCCAUCAGGUUCUUCAUGAAAACCCCUGGCAGGUC